CUCUUCUCACUCAGACUAGCUUUUGACUUUGCAAUCGACGGCCAAGUAAACGGUCAACUACAAUCUAAUACACCGAGUGCUAAGACGCCAAAUUUUGUCACUUCAUUUUCACACGAUUAUUACUCCGAGUAAAUUCUCACAUCGUUUGAAUUACUUUCCAUUUCGGUUGUUAAUUCGACAGUGGUGAAUACUCGAGGGAGCUGGAAAUACCGUUGGUGUUGUGAUUUGUGAAGAUUUCAUUGAGGUGUGAAAACGUGAAGUCAAGUGCCUAAAUUAAAUUUCGUUAUAUAUUAUUUUUUCUGGAGUUAGCUCUCAAGUGCUUUAACUGCUCCUCUGUAUUUGCUUUAUUCACAAAUUGGAUGCAGCCGUAUUUGACAGGUACCGGUUGUACCUCGUCGUAUUUGAAAAAGCAUAAAGCAACCAAGUGAGGUCAGGAAUUCCAGCGCAUGCGCGUAUAGCCCAUUGGAAGGAGACAACCGAGGAAAACAGACCAGAGAGAAGUGGAAUUCACAGGAAUAGAGGCUCCCCUCCCUGCCCCGGCAGCCCCCAAAGGACAAACUAAAAAGCAAAACUAAAACAUCGAAAAAAGUCGCCAGUGGCCCAACAGGUCUGUUUCUCCUACCUUGGCCGCUACUACUGACGUCUGAGCACACAAGUGUUUUUCCACCACCAUAGCCGGCAAAAACCAAUCACCCAUCGUCAGUCCCAAGAUUUACGUGUAGUUGUUGCGUACAAACAGCCGGAUAAAAUGAAUGAGAAUGAUAAGUCAGUCAGAGACGGGAACUCCGCACAGGAGGAAGAAGAAAUGUUUGAGCGGGAACUUGCUGAGGAUGCGCAGUGGAAGAGAAUACAACAAAAUACGUUUACAAGAUGGGCAAAUAAACAUCUAAAAUGUGUUGACAAAUAUAUCAAUGAUUUGGAGGGUGAUCUGUCUGAUGGGCUUCUACUAGUGAGUUUGCUGGAGGUAUUGGCCCAAAAGCGACUGCCAAAGCACAACAAAAAGCCCAAUUUUAGAUCGCAAAAGUUGGAGAAUGUGGCUGUUGCACUUAAAUUCCUCGACGACCAGGGAAUACGCAUUGUUAACAUUGAUUCAUCGGACAUCGUUGAUUGCAAAUUGAAGCUGAUCCUGGGGUUAAUAUGGACUCUCAUUCUCCAUUACUCAAUCUCCAUGCCAAUGUGGGAUGGUGAUGAUGGAGACGACACGGAGAAAGGUGCAACGCCGAAGCAGAGACUAAUGAACUGGAUCAAAUCGAAAUUGCCGGAAGUGCCGAUUAAUAACUUCACGUCAGACUGGAACGAUGGAAAAGCCGUGGGUGCGCUGGUCGAUGCUGUUGCCCCGGGUCUCUGCCCAGAUUGGCAGAACUGGGAUCCCAAGGAUGCUGCCCAAAAUGCUGCUGAGGCUAUGGGACUUGCUGAUGACUGGCUCAAUAUCCCUCAGCUCAUUAGCCCUGAAGAAAUGGUCAAUCCAAACGUGGACGAAUUGUCUAUGAUGACAUAUCUAUCUCAGUAUCCACAUGCAAAAUUGAAGCCUGGUGCUCCAAUCAGACCGCGCACCAAUCCAAACAGCGUGCCUCCGCCCCGAGUACGAGCUUACGGUCCUGGAAUCGAACCGAAAGGCCCGAUCGUCGGUGCUCCAGCCAAUUUCACGGUUGAAACUUUCUCGGCGGGAAAAGGCGAUGUUCAGGUGACAGUCGACGAUCCCAAGGGUCAAAAAUUGCCGGUUGACAUUCGCUUCAACAAUGACAGGAACCUUACCUACUCUGUAUCGUACACACCGAAAGCCGAGGGCCCUCACAAGGUCAAAGUACUUUAUGGAGGCCGGGAAAUCCCGAAGAGUCCGUAUCCUGUUCUGGUCGAGGGUCAACCAGGCGAUCCUGGCAAAGUCACCGCUAGUGGACCUGGACUGCAACCCCAAGGCGUCGUUGUCAAUCGCCCAACUUAUUUCGAUAUUUAUACCAAGGAUGCUGGAAGGGGAGUCCCAGAAGUCAUUAUUCUCGAUCCGCAGAGCUCGAAGACCACAGUGCCUGUAAAACUUCGUCAAACAUCACCAGACGUCUGGCGUUGUGAGUACUGUUCCCCAGUGGUAGGUCUUCACUCGGUGAAUGUCUUCUUCGCUGGAAAAUUAAUCCCGAAGAGCCCAAUGGGAGUCCAUGUAGCGCCAGUAUCAGAUGCCAAGAAGUGUCGCGCAUACGGUAGAGGUUUACUCUCCACGGGUGUUCGUGUGAAAGACAUCGCAGACUUCGUGAUUACCACCAAUGAUGCUGGAGAAGGACUGGUUGAUGCUCGUUGCAUUGGUCCAGGCGGUGUCAGCCUCCCCGUCACCAUCAAUAAGGUCGACGACAAUACGUACAAGUGUCACUAUGUUCCAGUGAAAGAUGGGCGCCACGUGGUGAUGAUAACUUAUGGUGGGAAGGAGAUCCCCAAGUCCCCCUUCGAAGUGAACGUCGGCCCCUACAAAGAAUCGUCGAUCCGAGUGUUCGGGCCAGGAUUGUAUGGCGGGAUUGUCAAUCAUCCAGCGAAAUUCACUGUGGACACCAAUGGAGAGACAGGAGCUCUAGGGUUCUCCAUCGAGGGACCGUCCAAAGCGAAAAUCGAGUGCCAUGAUAAUGGGGAUGGAACUGCAGACGUCACCUAUCUGCCCACAGCUCCAGGACCUUAUGCUGUGCACAUCCUCUGUGAUAAUGAGGACAUUCCCAAGUCGCCUUAUAUUGCUAACAUUGUUCCUGCAAGUGACUUUCAUCCUGAUAAAGUCGAGGUUUCCGGACCUGGGAUUCAACCUGAAGGGGUUCAUCGUGAUAAGCCCACACAAUUCACGGUAGACCCACGUAAAGCUGGACAAGCGCCUCUAGAGGUCGCCAUUCAAGACGCUUUAGGACGUCAAGUGCCUGUCAAGCUUGAUAACAAGAAAGACGGAACGGUUCAGGCUCACUACACGCCAACCUCCGGGGCUGGACAUGUGGUGAUGGUGAACUAUGGAAAUGUUGCUACGAAGAAAUCCCCCUACAGGGUCAAAGUCACCUCUCCAUUGAAUCCAGCCAUGGUCCAGGCCUUUGGACCUGGUCUGGAGAAAGGCGUCAAGUCUAAUACUCCAACUCACUUCAAUAUUGACUGCAGAGAGGCUGGCAAUGGCGACCUCGAUGUCAAUAUGACUGGACCCGAUGGACGAGAUCUUCCAGUGACAUUGAGUGAUAAUGAGGAUGGUACUUACACUGUUGACUACGUCGCACCUCAACCAGGACCCUACAAGGUGGAUCUCACCUAUGGAGGAUUGAAGGUACCCAAAUGCCCGAUCAAGGUGAACGUUCAGCCUCAUGUAGAUGUCUCCAAGAUCAAGGUCGAUGGACUAGAACCAACGGCACCGGUCAACAGCCUUCAACAAUUUCGAGUGAUAACCGAGGAGACUGGCAACAGAACCGCUGAGAUACAGGUGGGAAUAACAGCACCAUCGGGCAAUCGUGUUAUGGCACACCUGAUACCAACACACGAUGGCUAUCUCGUUAACUUUACACCUAUGGAGCUAGGUGAAUAUUUGUUGGGUAUUAGUUUUGGGGGUGAGCCAAUAACACCACAUCCGUACCGAUUGAAUUGUGUACAUGGAAGUGAUCCAUCUAAAGUACGUGCCACUGGACCUGGCCUCCAUCGUGGCCUUGUCGGUAGGCGAGCUGAAUUUGUCAUUGACACACGUGGCGCUGGCCAGGGUGGACUCGGUGUCACUGUUGAAGGUCCAUGUGAGGCAGCUAUCAACUGUCGUGACAAUGGGGAUGGUACCUGUUCAGUUGCUUAUCUACCCACUGAACCUGGAGAUUACGGAAUCAAUAUCACUUUCAAUGAUCGACACAUUCCUGGAUCACCGUUUCAAGCUAUCAUCGCACCCGACGCCGAUCUUUCCAAGAUCAAGGUCAUCGGACAUGGCAUUCAGCCCCAUGGUAUAGCUGUGAAUAUCCCGACGGAAUUCACUGUUGACACCAGGGCAGUUCCAAAAACGAAAGGAGAUGAUGGAAAGGUUUCUUGUUCGAUCACAAAUCCGAGUGGAGGAAAAACUGAGAAAACAAUAACGCCCCAGAACGACGGCACUUAUCGUGUCAGUUACACACCUUUUGAGGAGGGUCCUCACACCAUUGACAUUCUUUAUGAUAACGUGCCUGUUCCUGGGUCUCCCUUCUCGGUUAAUGUCAAGAGAAUUUGCGAUCCAACCAAGUGCAAGGCUUAUGGACCAGGUUUGAAGAAGGGAAUUGUUGAUAAGGUCAACAAAUUCACCGUUGAGACCAGUGAUGCUGGAAAUGGUGGGUUGGGUCUGGCUAUCGAAGGCCCCUCCGAGGCCAGGAUGACCUGCAAGGACAACUACGAUGGCUCCUGCAGCGUGGAGUACGUACCCACAGAACCCGGUGACUACGACGUGGCCAUCAAGUUCGGUGAGAAGCACAUCCCAGGUUCUCCCUUCAGGGUACCAGUGGAGAACGCAGUCGAGAGUAGAAAUGACGUGAUAGCCUAUGGGCCAGGCCUGGAGCCGGAGAAAGUACGCGAGGGCGUACCAGCACAAUUCAUGGUCGACACAUCGAAAUGCCCUGGAGAACAGCUCAACGUUAAGCUGAAGACAGAUAAGGGCCAGAUGCAGAAGCCCAAGAUCGAGAGUCGAGGAAAUGGUCUCUACGAGGUGACUUACAUGCCCCCAGCAGCUGGUGCUAACAUCCAAGUUGAUGUUUUGUAUGGAAACAAGAGCAUCCCUGAUAGCCCCUACAGUUUCCACGUGCAACCAGGCUGUGAUCCUAAUAAAGUCGUUCUCUCAGGACCCGGUGUUGCCUCAGUUUGCACAGCAUCUUUCCCAACAGACUUUGUCGUCGAUACAUCGAAAGCUGGAUAUGGCGAUCUCGAGGUUCAAGUGCUGGGACCAGAUCAAGCCCCACGUAAAGUGACUGUCCAAAACAUCGGAGAUGGUAAAUACAAGGCCACGUAUCUCCCUGAUGACUGCGGCCGUUACAAAGUAAACGUUAAAUACGGGGGAAAAGAAGUUCCCAACAGCCCAGUCAAUGUCCAGAGUGUGUCUACUGGUAAAGCUGAUCAAUGCAAAAUCAAAGAGGGAAUUCAGCAGACUUUAGCCCCAGGCGAGGAGUACUCCAUCAACGUCGACACCCAGAACGCUGGACGUGGGGCUGUCACCUGCAGAAUUCGAUCGACUUCCGGCAGUGAAGUGGUGGACAUCGAUAUCGAAGACAAGGGCGAUGGCAAUGUUGAUGUAUACUACAAAGUCGAGGAUGCGGGUGACUACACACUGAGCAUUAAGUUUGGUGGUCAACCGGUGCCAAAUGGUUUCUAUACAUUCACGGCAUCUGAGGAGUAUCGUGAGACAAGUACCCACAAAACUCACAGACGUGGCAGAAGGAGGCAGCAUCAGGAGAGUGUCAUUGAGCAGCACUGCAGCUCAACUGUCCAGGAGACAAUAACAACAAAGCGAAGUACUAAAAGCCAACACGAUAGUACCAGCAAAUUUAAUUCAAUCAGACUCAACAACAUCCCACUGCCAUCAUCAGCUGACGGUACCGUUACCUCCGAAGUUAAGAUGCCGAGUGGAAAUGUAGACAAACCAGUGAUCGAAGACAACCAUGAUGGGACUGUCUCACUCAAGUACGACCCGAGGGAAGAGGGACUUCAUGAGGUUUACGUUAAGUUCAAUGGAGAGCAUGUGCAAGGUUCACCGUUCCACUUCCACGUGGACUCUCUCGCCAGUGGCUACGUCACAGCUUAUGGUCCUGGUCUGAUUUAUGGAGUAUGCGGUGAGCCCGCUAACUUCACAAUCUCGACAAAGGGUGCAGGAGCUGGUGGUCUGUCCCUAGCAGUGGAAGGCCCGAGCAAGGCGGAAAUCUCUUGCCACGACAAUAAGGAUGGCACGGUUUCAGUGUCUUACUUGCCCACAGCCCCUGGAGAAUACAAGAUAUCCGUUAAAUUCGCAGACAAGCCGAUCAAAGGUAGCCCUUAUGCAGCCAAGAUUACUGGUGAGGGUCGCAAGAGAAAUCAGAUCUCGGUGGGCUCGUCCAGUGAGGUUCAACUCCCAGGGAAGGUCUCCGACGCUGAUAUUCGUUCCUUGAACGCUUCUAUCACAGCCCCAAGUGGCCUGGAGGAGCCCUGCUUCCUCAAGAAAAUGCCCAGUGGCAACAUGUGCGUCUCCUUCACCCCUAGGGAAUCUGGUGAGCACGUUGUGGCUGUCAAACGUAUGGGCAAGCACAUUCAGAACUCGCCCUUCAAGAUCGAUGUCAAGGAUCGCGAAGUAGGUGAUGCCAAGAAGGUCAAGGUGACUGGAGGCGCUCUGAAGCAGGGAAAAACUCACGUGGAGAACACCUUCUCCAUUGACACCAGGAACGCUGGCUUUGGUGGUCUCUCCUUAUCCAUGGAGGGUCCCAGCAAGGCCGAAAUUCAGUGCAAGGACAACUCCGAUGGCACCCUCAACAUCUCCUACAAACCCACUGAGCCAGGAUACUACAUCAUGAAUCUCAAAUUUGCUGAUCAUCACGUCGAGGGCUCACCAUUCACUGUUAAGGUCACUGGAGAGGGCUCCAACAGACAGAGGGAGAAGAUUCAGCGCCGUAGGGAGGCUGUCCCCAUCACUGAAGUGGGCUCCCAGUGCAAAUUGACGUUCAAGAUGCCUGGAAUUACUUCAUUCGAUCUUACCUCCAGUGUCACAUCCCCUGGAGGAGUCACUGAGGAUGCUGAGAUCAAGGAAGUCGAGGAUGGACUCUAUGCUGUGGCUUUUGUCCCCAAAGAGCUUGGGGUUCAUACGGUUUCAGUUAAAUACAAGGAGAUGCACAUCCCUGGAUCACCCUUCCAGUUCACGGUGGGUCCGUUGAAGGAUGGCGGAGCUCAUAGGGUGCAUGCUGGUGGGCCUGGAUUGGAAAGGGGAGAGCAGGGCGAACCUUGUGAGUUCAAUAUCUGGACCAGGGAGGCUGGUGCUGGUACAUUGGCCGUCUCUGUUGAGGGACCCAGUAAAGCGCAGAUUGAUUUUAAGGACCGAAAGGAUGGCUCCUGCUAUGUGAGCUAUCGUGUCACUGAACCUGGUGAUUAUAGAGUGGGAAUUAAGUUCAACGAUCAACACAUACCCGACUCACCCCACAAAGUUUAUAUAUCACCGGCUGUUGGAGACGCUCAUAAACUAGAGGUAGCUCAAUUCCCGGAUCACGGAGUCCAGCCUGACAAACCCCAUACUUUCCUAGUACGCAAUAACGGGGCCAAGGGACAGCUCGAUGGAAAGAUUGUAUCCCCAAGCGGUGUCGAAGACGACUGUUUCAUCCAGGCAAUUGACUCUGAAGAAUACUCAGUCCGAUUCAUGGCCCGUGAGAAUGGAAUUCACAAUAUUCAUCUCAAGUUCAAUGGUGUUCACAUCAACGGUAGCCCUCUGCGCGUUAAAGUAGGCAAAGUCGACGCCGAUCCAGCGGCAAUUCAGGCCUACGGUAAUGGUUUGAAAGAGGUGAAAACCGGCCAGAAGUUCGAUUUCAUCGUUGACACUUGCAAUGCCGGUGCUGGAGCACUUGCUGUCACUGUCGAUGGACCCAGCAAAGUGGCUAUGGAUUGCACUGAGGUAGAGGAGGGCUACAAGGUCAGGUACACACCAUUGGUACCUGGAGAUUACUACAUCAGUCUCAAAUACAAUGGCUAUCAUAUCGCUGGAUCACCGUUCAAGGUUGCAUGCACUGGAACCGAUUUGGCUGAGAGAGGUGCUUCGGAGACCAGUUCUGUCGUAGUGGAGACUGUUCAGAAGUUUUCCAAAACUAAGAAGGACGUAGUCCAGAUGCCCAAAUUUAAAUCAGAUGCCAGUAAGGUCAGCAGUAAGGGUAUGGGUCUGAAGAAGGCAUACCUUGGUAAACAAAAUCAAUUCUCAGUCAACGCUGGCGAUGCCGGCCAAAAUAUGCUGUUCGUCGGUGUCUAUGGACCCAAAGGGCCGUGUGACGAGGUCUACGUGAAGCACGCGGGACGUAAUACUUACAACGUCAGCUAUCUCGUUCGUGAACGUGGUGAAUACCUCGUGAUCGUCAAGUGGGGAGAGGACCACAUCCCUGGAUCACCAUUCAAAGUAGACGUUUAAGAUGCUUUUAUAUUAAAAUUUCAUGGUGAAACAAAAAUACGAGUGCCAACAUUUAGUUUUUAAGCCCCAUCAGAUCGGCUGAACAUCAAUUAUGGACAAUUUGAAUGUUAAACAAUGACUUUCCUUAUUUUGUUGUGAUACAUUAAAUACUCUCGAGUAUUCAAAUUGUCCCAAGAUUUACUUUGCAUAUUUUAUCCCUUUGUCUUUUGAAUUUCUUCAUCCAAUUGGUAUCUUUACUCUAUGAGAAAAACUAUUCAACUUUUUAUUAUUAUGAUUACUCCUUUCAUUUACUUAUAACCCUCCAUAAAUGGAUUUUAGAACGAUGUGCAACUCUUGUUUGUAAUUAUGAGGAAAAAAAUGCCAAUUGUACAGAAUAACGAGUGUCAAUUAAUCGUUUACACCGAGUAAUGCAAUACAAUUGCCAAAUGUGCCUUAAAGUUUACUUAAAUGUGAAUAAAGAGGAAAAAAAUAAUGUUAUAAAUACAUGUCAUGUCAUACUAUACACAUGUUAUACCGAGAAAUAGAUAAUAAAAAAUUGAAAAAUAAUAUAUUUAUUAAA